CCAAGAUUAAGCCCAGUCCAUUCUAUUUUCCAGGCGAUCUGCAAUUUCCAAGUGGGCCGAGCACAACACGAGAUCCACUUUCCAAAGUGACCGUGGCCGAACCGAGCAAAGAGCUGCGUGCUGGCGAUCGGUGCCCCCCGCUCGCCGACGACGACUGACGCGAACGAGCGCUCGCUCCCGCCUCAUGGCCGCCGCGGGCGCCGCCAAGGCCACGGCGGCGGCCGCGGCCCCCGCGGUGUUCCGGAGCAACCAGGAGCUCACCCGCCUCGCGCGGUCGGGGCAGCUGGCGGCGGCGCGCCGCCUGUUCGACUCCAUGCCCCGCCGCAACACCGUCACCUACAACGCCAUGCUCUCCGCGCUGGCGCGCCACGGGCGGAUCGACGAGGCCCGGGCCCUCUUCGACGGGAUGCCCAGCAGGAACGCCGUCUCAUGGAACGCGAUGAUCGCGGCUUGCUCGGACCACGGCCGCGUCGCGGACGCCCGGAGCCUGUUCGACGCGAUGCCCGGCCGGGACGACUUCUCCUGGACGCUCAUGGUCUCCUGCUACGCGCGCGCGGGGGAGCUCGAUCUGGCCCGAGACGUGCUCGACCGCAUGCCUGGCGGCAAGUGCACGGCGUGCUACAACGCCAUGAUCUCCGGGUACGCCAAGAACAGCAGGUUCGACGAUGCGGUGAAGCUGCUGAAGGAGAUGCCGGCCCCGGACCUGGUUUCUUGGAACUCGGUGCUGGCGGGUCUCACUCAGAGUGGAGAAAUGGUCCGCGCCGUGCAAUUCUUUGACGAAAUGGUGGAGAAGGACAAGGUGUCCUGGAACUUGAUGCUGGAGGGGUUUGUGCGAGCUGGGGAUUUAGAUGGGGCCUCUACCUUCUUUGCAAGGAUUGAAUCACCUAAUGUCAUUUCUUGGGUGACCUUACUCAAUGGGUAUUGCCGGGCAGGGAGUAUCAGUGAUGCGAGAGAACUGUUUGACAGAAUGCCUGAGCGAAACAUUGUGGCUUGGAACGUGAUGCUAGAAGGGUAUGUGAGGCUUGCUCGGAUCAAGGAGGCCUGUAAGCUGUUCGAGGAGAUGCCAGAUAAGAACUCAAUCUCAUGGACAACUAUAAUAAGUGGAUUAACACGUGCUGGGAAACUCCAAGAAGCAAAGGAUCUUCUCGACAAGAUGCCUUUCAACUGUGUCGCAGCGAAGACUGCACUGAUGCAUGGCUAUUUACAAAGCAAGAUGAUUGGUGAUGCUCGUCAGAUUUUUGAUGGAAUUGAGGUGCGCGACGCAGUGUGCUGGAAUACGAUGAUAUCUGGUUAUGUCCAGUGUGGAAUGCUUGAAGAGGCCAUGUUGUUGUUCCAGCAAAUGCCGAAUAAGGAUACAGUUUCUUGGAACACCAUGAUUGCUGGCUAUGCUCAGGGUGGUCAAAUGCGCAAGGCAGUCGGUAUUUUCAGGAGGAUGAAUAGGAGAAAUACCGUAUCUUGGAAUUCAGUUAUCUCUGGAUUUGUUCAGAAUGGCCUUUUUGUUGAUGCACUCCACCAUUUCAUGCUCAUGAGAAGGAACACGACGAGGGCUGACUGGUCUACCUAUGCAAGCUGUCUCAGCGCAUGUGCAAACCUAGCUGCUUUGCAAGUUGGGAGGCAAUUCCACAGUCUUCUUGUUAGGAGUGGGCAUAUCAAUGAUUCAUUUGCUGGAAAUGCCUUGAUUUCCACAUAUGCAAAGUGUGGAAGGAUUUUGGAAGCAAAACAAAUCUUUGAUGAGAUGGUAGGCAAGGAUAUUGUUUCAUGGAAUGCGUUAAUUGAUGGUUAUGCUUCUAACGGUCAUGGGACUGAGGCAAUCUCAGUAUUCCGAGAAAUGGAAGCCAAGAAGAUCAGACCUGAUGAGGUCACGUUUGUUGGUAUAUUGUCGGCUUGCAGUCAUGCUGGAUUGAUUGAUGAAGGAUUGAAGUUUUUCAACUCAAUGGAAAAGGAGUACUCACUGAAGCCUGUGGCUGAGCACUAUGCUUGCAUGGCGGACCUGCUUGGAAGAGCUGGGAGGCUGAACGAGGCAUUUGAACUCGUGCAAGGAAUGCAGAUCAAACCCAACGCUGGCAUGUGGGGUGCCUUGCUUGGAGCAUGCCGGCUGUACAAAAACGAUGAGCUUGCACAAUUGGCUGCUGAGAAGUUGUUCGAAUUGGAACCUCACAAGACCUCAAAUUAUGUGCUGCUGUCAAACAUCAGUGCUGAGGCAGGCAAGUGGGAUGAAGCUGAAAAGGCGAGGGCUUCAAUUAAAGAAAAGGGAGUGCAUAAGCCACCUGGUUUAGCUGGAUCCACAUAGACCUUCUCAUUCAAUGAUUUUGUGCUAGCGAUUUCAGUGACUCAGUGUAGGCUUUCACUCAUUGUUGAACUUGAGCAUACAGAUAGGAAAUUUAGGGCUGUUGUCUGAGCCAGACUCUUGCGUUUUUACACCUGGUUGCUGGUUGGACUUCUGAUGCCAUUGAGGACGUCGCACAGGUGAGGAGUGAUGACAGCAGUGUUUUCUGUGUCCUCUGAGCCGAGGUCCGAAGGCUAACCCAAUACUGAAAUCUGAAACCUGAAAAGCACCUGAUCAUACAUUGUGAGUCUUCUCAUAUCUCCUGAAACACUGGAUCACUCCUCCGAAACAGAAAGUAUGCACAAACAGCGGGCUAAGCAGCUUGAGUUAACGCUUACAGCUUCAUAUUCAGCCUAGUACUGCUGCUAUUUUUUUUUAGAUCACAGACCUUUUCGGCCUGCUUUGUAUUGAAAGCAUAGAAAGUGUUUCAGGCUGGGGGUUACCAGCGCUUACAGACAGUGAGUACAAAAGAAGCUUCACACAUGAAGCACCCUGGCUAAGAGCAGCCAAAAACAGAAUGAAGAUCACCCCCAAAAACACACCCUCUAAAGAAGUAUUGCUGCUAUUUGCCAUGAACAUUUCACAUUGGCAUGCAUAUGCUCACUAUCCUGGUGCUUUGCUUCUGUAAACGCCUUUUCCAACACGACUUUCUGUACACGCCUGUAUAGCCUUUCCUUGAAUUAUUUCGAUUUUGCUUCUGAGUUCUGAGCCAUGUCAUGAUUUUUUUGUU